UUCAACUCUCUCAAUCUCCCAUUCAUCAGAUUAAUACCUUUGAUAUUUGCCCUUUUAACCUAAUGGUUAAUCAUAUGGAUCCAAAUGUAACAAUCAACAACAGUUAAAAAGGUUGUCCCUCUCACUAAUCACAAUUAAAUAUAUGAGAAGUGGUCAUUCAAUGAUUUAGUUAAUUUAGUAAAUAACAAUCAACUCAAAAAGGAUUACAAUUACAAAAUGAUUACAUUGAUUGUUGGUCAACAAUUUCAACUUUUAUCAUUUUUCAUGUUAAUUGAAUUGAUUAUAACAAUUAACUCAAUUGAACUAAUGGUCAAGGAGGUAACAACAACAACAACAGAUGACCAUCACAAUGAUCAAUAUAAUUUCAAUCAAACAAGAUUUAAACGUAGUAAAACUGACCGUUGGCCAACUAACAUUGAGACUUGGCAAUCUUCAUCUUCAUCUUCAUCCUCUUCAUCAUCAUCACCACCACCAACUUCAACCAAUAAGCAACACCAACAAAUGAAAUCAUCCGCAUCAACAUUAAAUAUGAAAGAAAUCCUUACACCUACAGCUCAAAAUAUCAAAUGUAACAAUCGAGGGGAAGGGAAAAGUUUUACAUCCAUGAUAACAUUACCUUCAGGAUACUCAGUCCCACCCAUUUUUGAGGAUUACAUUGAAACCAAUAGAGAGACAUCAUCAUCUUCAUCAUCAUUAGCAUCCUCUCAAGCCGAUUGCUCAAUGACUCUUGUCUCAUCAUCUUUAUCAUCCACAUCAACAGCCUCAAAGAUUAACAUUUAUAAUAUGAAGAUCAAUGAUUUUAAUAAAUGUGGAGUUAAAUCAGAGAGAUCAGCUGAUGGAAAGGAGUGGAUGUCAGUUACUCUUAGAAUUCCCUUUAUUUCCGGUCUUCGAACAGCUCAAGAUGAACAUAUCGUUAUUGUCUGUCGACCACAAGAACCUGUGAUGGCUAAAAGUUCAUUACUCGAUUUUAGGACCAAUGUUCAUAGGCCAGUGAAAACUGUUUACAGUAGUUUGGAACCCGAAGUCGACGUAAAAGUGGGACUAUUUGCGAAACCCGCUGGUAUGUCCUACUAUUCAGAAGAGAUACCGAUAGAUGGUCUGAUCGAGGUUGGAGAGGAGUUACAAUUUCGAGCGAUAGUAAAACCCGGAGACGGGUGGAAAUUUGCUAAACUAACUGACCUUAAGGUUUACAUGGUCCAUGAAGGAGAGACAGACUCUGAUCUACUAGAUGACCACACCUCUAGCUUGACCUCAACCACCACCACGAUAACUAACAAGCUGAUGAAAAAGAAAGGUAAAGAUGAAUUAUCAUCAUCAACGGGAGGUAAUAGUAAAUCACAUAAUGAACUAAGGAAAGACUCUAAAGGUAAAGAUAGUGGAGGAAUAGUAGGAGGAGGAGGAGGUAGUGAGGGUGGUAAUGGGCGAGGUGGAACAGGUAUUGGUCAUGGAGUGGGAGGAGUUGCAACCCUAGUACUGGACAAUGGCUGCCGGAACCCUGUUUACUCAGCAUUAGCACCUUAUCAUCCUUAUCGUGAUACGAGCAACCCCCUUGCGGUUGCAUUCAAUUUCAAAGCAUUCAUGUUUCAAGAUAUGCCAGAUGAUGGCUCAAUCAGGAUAACAGCCAAAAUCAUGGCUUGUUUAGAGGAAGCUGAUUGUUCACCGAGCCUAUGUUUGGAUAAUGGUCAACAAGGUUAUGGUCGAAGACGAAGAAGAAGAAGAAGAAAUAUUUCAACGAAAGAUAAUCAUCUUUAUCAUCUUCAUCUUCAUCAUCACAAGCAAUUAAAUGUAUCAAUUAAAAGGCAACCUGAUGAUAAUGAUAAUGAUAGUUCAUUGGAAUCCCAAUUGUAUCAAUUUAAUGAUAACCCGGAAGUUAUUCAUUCCAAUGGGAAAUUAUAUUCAUCUGGAAAUCUGAGUAAAUUUUCACGAAAUUUACAGGUCAGGGUGGGGCUACCUGGCUACACCAAAAGUAGAUACGUUAAUACUGUUAAACUGACCAGUGGUCAAUAUUUUCAAAGUAAACAAAAUGAUCACGAGAAAAAAUUGGAAACAAUAAAAACAAAUGUAAUUUAAAACAAUUGAAA